UAUUUUUAAUAAUCCGUAAAGAUUUUGUAUAGUGUGAUCACAAUUUAUUAAAUUUCGAUGUUUCUGGCUUAGGAAAAACAAUAAAGAAUUUUCAAGAAGUUGAUCAUCCCGACCUUUUUCACUUGCCAGUGGUUGAUGAAUCAUACAUCUUGUCACAUCAAUUUAAAGGAGAAACUUCUGAAAAGGGCACCCUCAUGCGUGGUGAUCAUCCGUUAGUCCUUAUACAUGACGAAAUAAAUAAAUAUACAACCACCUCUCUCCACGAUCCAAUGAAGAGGAUUAAGUUAUUAUGCAACGCUUGUUCAAAACCAAUUGCAAAAAUACCAUUUUAUAAAAGCUCCAAAGAGGAUGACUUUGUUCUCCACGAUUGGUGCACCCGGCUACCCAAGACGCUAAGAAGCCAUUCGGCUCACCCAGAACAUCCACUUUGGCGUAGUCGAUUAGAAUAUACAGGUUCUGCAGUCAAAUGUAGGAUUUGUGGAUUGCCUUGCAAUGGGUUUUAUUAUCGUUGCGUAGUGUGUGAUUACAGGAUUGAUGUUAAUUGCGCAUUUAUGCCUAAAGAAAUUACACAUGAAGCACAAGCGGAUCACUUGCUUACAAGAAUAGAAUCAAGCCGUAGCGGUGUAUCUAAGAAGGAAUGUCGUGCAUGUCGUGUAAGUAUAGGUGAAAGUGAGACUUAUUUUAAAUGUAAUGCCUGUGAUUUCUAUUUGGACUGCCAGUGUGCUUUGCAAUUGCCUAAAACAAUUAUGCAUAAGUUUGACAAGCACCCCCUGCAACUGAGCUAUGCACCGAUUGAGGACCACAAAAGUCAAUACUUCUGUGAAGUUUGUGAGGAGGAGCUUGAUCCUGGAAAGUGGUUCUAUCAUUGUGCAGAGUGUGCACAAUCCGUUCACUCGGCAUGUGCUCCAUUAAUACUUCAGUCUGAACAAGGUGUUAAUUCUUUCUAUUUAGAAGGUGUUUAUAAGUUCAUUAACAUCAAGUUUGGGCAUGUUGAAAAACGACAUUUUCACCAACAUCCUGUGUCACUUGCUCCGGGCACUGAGAAUGAUGGUUUAUGCCAUGAGUGCGGAAGCAAAUUGCAAUCCGAGAUGAUCUGGAAGUGCUUACAUUGUAACUUUGCUUGCCAUUGUUACCAUGAGCUUACAUCAUUACUCGACCCCUUUUUGGGCCAAAGAUUAAUUUAUAUACUUGGGGAAAACAAGCGUGUGAUAAAGCAACAUAGACCUCAAACAAGCUUAGAAUUUUAUCCAAGUGAAAUGAUGAGACCAGAGACCCGUCAUUGGAAGGUUGAUGAUGAUAUCCAAUAAGUCUUAUCGCCAUAUCAUCGGUUUCACCAGUUGAAUGUAAGGGAUUACUGUAUCAGUGAUUGAUGUACCAUGAGUUUAUUUGUAUUUUGUAAUAUUUCGGUUAUUUGUAUAUAUUCCAAUUUCCAUUCAAUCAAUGGUUAUGUAAUUUUUAUAUAGAGUCCUUUCAAUCAA